AUGAAUGCAAAUGAUAAAGAUUUCAUUGCUUUAUUCUGCCGAGUUAUACUAUUCUACAUUUUUUCAUCUAAAUCCUGCUCCGCAAUUUUUAACAUAACUUCUUCUCAAGCAUUAUCUCAGGGCCAAACUCUGGUCUCCUCCAACCAAAUUUUCGAGCUAGGCUUCUUUAGUCCCAAUAACUCUGCAAAUACAUACGUGGGAAUCUGGUAUAAGCAAAUCUUACCCCUUACAGUUGUGUGGGUGGCAAACAGAGACAACCCUCUUACAGUUGCAGACUCUCCACCAACUCUAACCAUUGGCCGCAAUGGAAAUCUUGAGCUCUUGGAUAGAAACAACAACUCUGUUUGGUCAACCAAUGUCCAAAUCCAAUCCAAUAAUAGUUCAGUGGCAAUUCUUUCAGAUUACGGAAACUUAAUUCUCAAAUAUGGUACACAGGGAGAGUUUUGCUUGACUUCAUGGAAAAGCAAUAGUGACCCUUCAGUUGGAAAAUUCACUGCUGAGAUUUCAAAAGUGGAACCACCACAAGCUGUCAUUUGGAUCAACGGAUCAACGCCACUGUGGAGAAGUGGACCAUGGGAUAAAACUAAGUUCACGGGUAUACCAGAUAUGUUUACAACUUAUAGAAAUUUUUUCAAUAUCGUAGAAGAUGCAGAGGAAGGAACGAUACGUUUCCAAUAUAAUUGGGACUACAACAACUCCGAAAUGACAGUGGGAAAUUUAUUCAUCACAUCUACAGGUGUUCUGACCCUUGCGUUUAAAAAAAUACACGAAGGCGGCGACUGGAAUACGAACUGGAAGGCACCAGCGACUAGGUGCGAUAUCUAUGGAACUUGUGGGCCUUUCGGGGUAUGCAACGAGUCUGUGUCUCCCAUUUGCAAGUGUUUGGAAGGCUUUGAACCAAAAUCAUUUGGAGAGUGGAGCAAAGGGAACUGGACUGGAGGGUGCAUGAGACAAAACCAACUAAGUUGUGACAAAAACACCACUGGUUUAGCUUCACGCAGAGGUAAAAGCGAUGGAUUUUUGGAGAUAGUUGGUGUGAAACUUCCCGAUUUAUAUGAAUAUAUUGUACCUAUGGAGAGCUGCGAAGGAUGGUGCCUGAACAAUUGUUCUUGCAUAGCUUAUGCAAACAUAGUAGGAAUAGGGUGUUUGGUCUGGUCCAAAGGCCUCAUUGACAUCAAGGGGUUUCCCCAUGAUGCAGAAAACCUUUUCCUACGCCUCGCUCCCGCGGAUGUGAGAGACAACAAAGGUUUUCCCUUGGAAAAUUCUGAAAUUUGA